AUGACUCUUGAACGUCAACAUACAAGGCGUCUUGUCUUCCUCUCCUUUCUUUCUAGGACUUUUAUCUACCUCGUAGCUUACUGGAGCUCGUCGACACUAUCCCUUUUCGACGCGUCUCCGAACCUAGUGCAAAUUUCCCAAUGGUCAAAACCCUUUCUUCGCUGGGAUGUAUUCCAUUUUGCGCAUAUUGCUGAACACGGCUAUGUCUAUGAGUAUGAAUGGGCCUUCCUCCCUGGUCUUCCAAUUGUCAUGACCUUGUUCAAAAGCCCCAAUAUGCUCUUAGCUUCAUCGAUGGUGGCUAUAGCCUGUGAUUCGACGAUAGUCCUUUAUCGUCUGACAUUACAUCAAUGUGGCUCGUCCAACUUUGCCUUCCUCGCGGCUGUUCUGUCGCUCUUAUCAAGCAGCCCAGCUACCUUGCGACUUGCACCGUGCCCUGAGCCUUUUUUCACGUACCUCUCGUACAGAGGGAUGUUAUAUUGCGCACGCUCAAAAUGGUUCUUUGCGACAAUCUGUUUCUCCCUCGCGAGUACAUUCAGAUCUAACGGCAUUCUCUUGGGUGGCUUCAUAAUCUGGGGUCUCAUAGUAGAGCCUUUUCUCAAAACAAGGACACUGCCAAAACACUUUUCCGUAUAUGUUAAAUCCAUUGUAUAUUCUGCAAUGAAUUUUGCUCCAUUCAUAUAUCAUCAGGCGACUGGGUAUACUGCCUUUUGCUCUAGCAGUAAUAUCACAAGUCCCAUUCACGCUCCUUGGUGCUCCCGGUCACUUCCUCUAAUUUACUCCUAUGUCCAGAUGACGUACUGGAACAAUGGGUUAUUUCGUUAUUGGACCUUGGCACAACUUCCGAACUUCAUCAUCGCUGCACCCCCGUUCAUUGUCAUUUUUGCAUACUCUGUGCAUGUCUUGAGAAGGAUUGCGAGGGAAGGCGUGUCGGAGCCAUUGUUAGCGCUUAUACCUCAUGCGAUUCACGCGUGUAUACUAUGCGGCACGUUGCUAUUUACCUCGCACGUACAGAUUGUGCUUCGCCUUGCUCCUUCAAUGCCGCUGUUGUACUGGGCAGCAGCCUGGUUGGUUAUGGAUCAUCCGAAAGCAGCACGGUGGUGGGUGUAUUGGGCAAUCGUUUGGGGCCAAUUGUCAAUUCUACUUUGGAGUAUCUUCCUUCCACCAGCAUGA